GAAAAGAAAAAGAGCAGGAAUUAGUGGGGGCUGGAGAGGACGCAGGACCAUCGCAGGUUAUUAUAAUAUGACACACUGGCUAGUGAGCAGCUAGAAUAUAAAACAAAUUACUGCUUGGGAUAUUCAUGUUUAAAAUAAUAAUAACGAUUUUACAAACGAUCGUAUAGACAGAUCGGAUCAAAGAAAGUUUGCAAAAGUGCAUUCUUUUAUUUGCCACGUGCACGAGUCCAAGCUAAUGUACACGAAACAGACCAGCGUUAUUCAUUGAUAACGUCUGUAUUUACUCGGACACGAGCCCCUGGGCGGGGCUAAGAGCCGAUCAUCUGCUCAUGCGCACAGACUGCCACGCGGAAGCUGACUCGUCACUGUUGUGGCGCGUGAUCGCUGCUACGUCAUCGUAAACAGCAGCAGGCGAUAUGGCGGCGGCCGUCAAGGUCAUAUUUGAGCAGGAUGGGAUAUUUAUACAUCCGAGCACCGACAGCUCUGAGUUUCAGGAUUCCCUUACAUCUGGGUUUCUCCGCAUCUUGGAUAAGGAUGGUGAAAUACUGGUUGAAUAUAAACCUUUGGAGGACUCGUCUAACAUGCUGUGUGCUGGCAAGGAUUCCAGCUCGGUGGUGCAGUGGGCACAGUGUCCCGGAGACGGACGCCACCGAUCUGUGGAGCAGCAGCAGAGCUAUGAGACUGAAUGGGACAUGGUGAACACAGUCUCCUUCAAGAAGAAGCCCUCUACCAACGGGGAAGCACUCUCCGGCCCAGCACCGGAGCGGACCAGCGGGGCCUUCCUCUUCAACGUGAGUGACCUCAAGACCAUCAAGGUGAAGACGGAGGGCUGGUGCCGCCUGACCUUCUGCCUUAAGGAGCACGUCACCCUGCCUGACCUCCACUUCCACCAGGGUGGCAGUGAUUCCUUCCUCGACUCCCUCCGUGGAUUCCUGCUGCUCACCCAAUCUCCCGGCGAUCAGUCCUUCCUGGUGGUCAGCAGCCAGAGCAAAGCGCUGUCUCAGUCCUUCGAGAACCUUCUGGACGACGCUACAUUUGGACUUGUACAGAAAUUUAAGAACGACCCUUACACGACGACGCUGGGGGGCUUCUCCAAGGUGACCAACUACAUCUUCGAUGCCUUCCGUGGGCCGGAAAUGGCGCACCGGCAGCGGCCGGCCGAGGAGGUGGCCGAUCUCAUCAGCGAGGCCAUCCCUGGGCUGGAGGUCAAUCAGCAAGAGGAGCCGGGCUUCGAGGUCAUCACCAGAAUCGAUCUGGGCCCCAGACCGGCCGUGUGGAGGGGGGAGCCGGUGUCGGCUGAAGCCUGGGCGGAGCACAUAGACGCCGAGGGGAGAGUGCAGAAUGUGGCCCAGCUGAAGGAGGCCGUCUUCAAAGGGGGCCUGUGUCAUGCUGCCAGGAGGGAGGGUUGGAAGUUCCUGCUGGGGUACUUCCCCUGGGACACCACGCGCGAGGAGAGGAAGGGCCUGCACAAGAGGAAGACCGAUGAGUAUUUCAGGAUGAAGCUGCAGUGGAAGUCCGUCAGUGAGGAGCAGGAGAGGAGGAACUCGCGGCUGAGGGAUUACAGGAGUCUGAUUGAGAAAGAUGUGAACAGAACGGACCGAACCAACAAAUUUUACGAAGGGCCGGACAACCCGGGACUGAUCCUGCUGCACGACAUCCUGAUGACGUACUGCAUGUAUGACUUCGACCUGGGGUACGUUCAGGGAAUGAGCGAUCUGCUUUCGCCCAUCCUGUACGUAAUGGAGAAUGAAGUGGACGCUUUUUGGUGCUUUGUGUCCUUCAUGGACCAGAUGCACCAGAAUUUCGAGGAGCAGAUGCAGGGCAUGAAGGCACAGCUGAUCCACCUGAGCACGUUACUGCGGCUGCUAGAUCUGUCCUUCUGGAACUACCUUGAAUCCCAGGAUUCCGGUUACCUGUACUUCUGCUUCCGCUGGUUGCUGAUUCGCUUCAAGCGCGAGCUCAGCUUCCAGGGCGUCCUCCGGCUCUGGGAGGUCAUGUGGACCGGACUCCCGUGCCAGAAUUUUCAUCUGCUGGUCUGCUGUGCUAUUUUGGACUCAGAAAAGAGGAAGAUCAUGGAGGAGAAUUAUGGAUUCAAUGAAAUCCUGAAGCAUCUCUUUGUGUGUGCGUGUCUGUGUGCGCUGUGUGAGGACAUUAUGCGUGCCCAUUAUCUGUAUCUGCCUCAAUUUCCACACCCUCAGGAUUUGCCGAGUUCCGUGGGAGAGAUCCUGGGAUUCCACGCCGACAGCGAACAGUCCAAACUGGACGGCAGCGAGUUUGGGCUCCUCGACUCCCCGCAGCCACCCCGGCGCUGGCACACGCAGGAUUUAGGGGAGGACUUCAUUCCCAACGGCAAUGGACAUUUGAGGGAAACACACGAUGUUUACAAAUUAGCCUACAUCUUGUAGCGAGGGAGCGUCUCAGCUGCGGAGGCUUUGAUAUGUUAAUCCUGUCAACAAGCAGUGUUGGGUUUCAGUUUAAUAUUGGUUGCAAUUUCCGGAUGUAGAGUUGGGGGGAGGGGGGGACAGGGAUCCUAAAUCUUAAAUAUUUUUGUAAUUCCUUGUAUGACAUUAUUUUUCUCUUUAUAAUCAUUCCCCCUCGGGAGCUGAAGGUAUUUUAUCAUUGGCCAAGUUGCAUUUCUUUUUCCUCAUUGAUGAAUGAAUUAUUUUGCUGACUGAGAGCGGUCCCUGUGUGGAUGGUCGAUGCAUAUCGUGCGUCUCUCUUUUUUUCUUUUGGAGUUGGCUGUUGUAUGUCUGUUUGCUGGAAUCAUGAUGACGUAUCGCGAUGCGCAGCUUUGCAGUGGCAGCUGUCCACUACUGGCUACUGUCGUGUUUCUCUGUCUGGGACAGGGGGGCACCGGGAACCCCCAGAACUACGGAAGAGAUGGGAAGUACCCAAACUCCGCCUUACCACGUCGACCUUGGUUUCAGUUAAACGCAAAGGCUCACCACCUCCUCAGCAUGACGUUUCUAAGUUUGGCUGUCUGACCACCACAUGUGGCCCCAGGUCUGAGGAAGUUAUGCAAACAUCGAAGGAGACCUGUGUGUGGGUCCCGUGCUGUCCUGCGGGUGGAGCCAUGUUGCUGAGCAGAUGCUGAGGGAGCUCUGAGGGACAUGACAUCACUUCCUCUCCUCCAUGAAGCACCUGGUUGGUGGCCCGACCAGGGGGUGACCUGUAAUGGUUGCGAAGAUAUUUUAGUUAGAUUUACACCUGAAUCUGAACCGGCUCGGAUGGUGUGGUGUCUGGUCACCUUCAGUCGUAGCACAAUUCCAACACCAACAUUAAAUGACAGACUGAAUCCUCCCAUCCCUGUUCGACCCCCCAUUAGAUCUCUGAACAAAAGACCUCAUAUAUGGAAAGAAAAAUCAAGGAAAACAAGUGACCUUCACAUCGAUGUUUGGUUUUGCGUGGGAACGUAGUCAGCUGUGCUCCGGUAGCCUUGCCUUCUCCACUUUCAGUUUGUCCUCCUCAGAAGCAGGUGUGGAAAAGGUACCCCUCCCCCCCCGCCCCCCAAGGCAGCGCACUGCUGUGUGGACAGGAGGCUCCGGAAGGUUCUGCGGGAGCCGGGUUUGCUCCGCUACCUGUGGUUGCGGUCCGGUACAGCCUGAUGUGAGCAAUGCUCCAAACCCCAUGUGCUACAUGUUUGUAUAUUCUUCAUGAUUGCAAUGUUCUGGUUUGAUAUUAUCUUUGAUAAAUAACUAUGCUUGAAA